AUGGCUCGUGAGAUUCGUUUUAUUCAUCGAUCUCUAUUAAAUGGUUUAUUUCAAAUUUUUCGUUAUAGUCCUUUUUUUGCGCUAGUUACAUUUUUAAUUAUUAUUGUUAUUUCAUCUGUGAUACCGUUAUCAUUUAUUUGGUUAAUACAAUGUCUUUUUUUUAAGACAUUUCUUAUUUCAUUUGACACAUCUUUUUUACAUGCAAUACUUACAUUAUGGUCAUUGGUAGAAGUCAUAUUUUUUUUCUAUCAAUGUUAUCUUUUCUUUAAAAUUCAACCUCAAACAUCACCACCACCUAUAACAUCAAAAGAACGUCAACAACUUGUUUCCUAUGCACUUAAAAAUAUAAAACAUGUACCGAGUACAUUAAGUAAAUGGUUUAUGGAUUGUCCUUUCCAAGAUAUUGAUCGAGAAAGUAUAGUCGGAUGGCUUGCAUUUGCAUUUUAUUCUAAAAAUUCUAAUGAAUUAGAAGAUAAUGAAUAUAGAGAAAUUGAUUUAUUUAUUGAAAAAGUUGAAGCUCAAACUCAAGUAAAAACAACUACAAUUAAAUCAAAUAAAAAUAUAUCCUAUAUGAAACAUAUACUUGAUCCUGUUCGUGUGAUUUUUCGUCCAUUUAUAUUUUAUUUUAUUACUGAUACAAUAAUGAAUGGAAUAGUUGCUAGAAUAAAUUUUUAUUUCAAAGGAUACCAAUUUGUUCAGAUAGGUCAUUUACAAUUUUGGACAUGCUAUAAUAAAUCGCGUAAUGAAGAAGAAGAAGAAGAACCAAUUAUUUUCUUUCAUGGACUUGGUGCUGGUCUUCUUAUAUAUCAACCAUUUAUUGCAUCUUUACAUAAGAGAUUUUCUCAUAAUCGUCGUAUUAUAUUAAUAUCAAUGAGAUGUGUUACUAUGCGUUAUCCAUCUCUCAAAGAUAUUCCUAAUAUGUCUGAAACAACUGAAUCAAUAAAAUUAAUUUUUGAUCAUUAUAAAAUGAAAAAAGCUAUUUUCAUUGGUCAUAGUUAUGGCACGGCAUGUCUUUCAUGGAUUGUUCAAAAAUGUCCACAGUAUAUAUCACGUCUGAUAUUUAUUGAUCCGAUUUGUUUUGCUCUUUUUGAACCUUAUGUUGUUUAUAAUUUUGUUUAUCGUACACCAUAUAAAUUAGGUCAUCUCUAUAUGUAUUAUUUUGUGUGUCGUGAAAUGGGUAUAUCGCAUGUAAUUGGUCGUCAUUUUUGGUGGACACAAAAUAAUUUAUAUAUUGAACAAAUACGUUCAUGUUCAAACAAACAACUUCCAACACAUGUUUUAUUAUCUGGUCGUGAUUGUAUUAUCAAUGCACCUUUAAUUCGAGAUUAUUUAAAUGAUAAUAAUAUUGAUAAUUAUUGGGCAACGAAUCUUUCUCAUGGUGAUUAUAUGCACGAUAAAGAUAGUUGGAAAAAAAUAUGUGAAUGGAUCUCGUGA